AUGCUGCGCACGCUGAACAUGUGCAAAAACCCAGUCCGAAUAGCUGUAAUUGGGUUUGGAUACUGGACCCAAUACGAGGCCCUUCCGCUGCUCCGUCGCGACACGCGGUUGAAGAUCGUCGCAGCAUUUGCAUUUACGCAGGAAGAAGCUGCUGCGCUCAUUCAGAAAGGGGAGCUUACAGAAGCUGAGAUGUACAGCGGGUCUCAAGGGCUGACAUCGUUGUUAGAAAGAACAGACAUUCAGGCGGUGGUCGUCGACGUGCACAUGCAGCUAAUGAUGUCUCUACUCCCACGCAUCUUCGCUAUGGGCAAGCACGUGCUGACGCGGUCUCCCAUGCAGCUGAGCCUUGCAAACGCGUCGGCCCUCUUAGACGUCUACAGGCCGUACAGCAACUCGCUGGUAUGGCAUGCAGUUGAAAACAACCGACAAGAAGAGGCUUUUGAACAGGCCGCUGCCAAAGUGGCGGGAUUGGGCAGAGUUACAACUCUGUGCUUCAAGUGCGGCACGGACACUGCGCUCAAGCAUAAAUUCUCCACUGCUCCUUAUGACAUCAAGCAUCACUUGGCUCUGGACUUGCUGCGCUGCAUUGCGGCUGUGCGCCAGCUGACCGGAUUGCAGCUUAGCUCGGUUUCGGCAGCUGCAAAAGGCGACUACGCCCCGUGUGCCACUGGUAGUUUCUCCCCUUCGGAUGAAGGAGAUAGUUUUAAACAGGAAAAGCUGAAGAACACACGGCUCCGCAGAGAAUACGCCCGCCUCACCGGAUGGCUGACUUUGAUAAAUCCUGGUGGACAGACGAGCACCCUUGGCUCCUUCGUGAUAAGUCACUGUGUGGGGGACAACUCGCUGACGUAUCAGAUCAAUUGCGUGAAAGGCUCAGUAAGGUUGACGAAGGCUUCAUCUUGCUGGCAAGUCGAAGUGACGGGAGAUAAGGCUUCGGGCACCACGAAUUUCGCAGUUCAGGGAAUUGGCCACCAGAACUGUCACGACGCCUUUGCGGAAGAACUGUACGAGAAGCUUUACUGUAAAAAACAAAAAGAGGAGGAGGUCACCGAGGAGAAGGGACCCACCUUAGUUGAUAUUUCCAUCAGCGGGGCGCUAGAAGACUCAGCCGUCAUGGAGGGGAUCAUCGCAUCUAUACAGAACGAGGGCGCUCCAGCCCGGUUCCGGUGCCUUGCACCUCCAUCUGCCGAGUCCGUCAGCAAGACAGAGAAAAAAGCAGCUUCUUUGCGGAGCUUGUCGUCUCAGCAAUCAGCAGCGCGCGCCUAA